AUGAAAACCUACUCGAAAACUUCCACCGACACGCGGUGGCGAUGCGGUUCCGGUUCGUUGGUGCUGCUGGUGGUGACGUUAUGCUUAACACCUGCAUCCGUUUGGGCGGCUGCAGAUGGCGACGUGAACUACUGCGACCAGUCGCUAUGCCGUUCCAACUACACGCACAUCGGAUGUAACGCGACGGAAAGCUUCGGCGUGCUCUGUCCGGCCGGGACGGUGCAGCUGGUGCAAAUGGACCAGCCGAUGAAGGAUCUCAUACUGAAGCUGCACAACAGUUUGCGGAGUGAGCUUGCGUCGGGAAAAAUGACCGGAUUUGCGGAAGCGGAACGAAUGGCAGUUUUGGAAUGGGACGACGAGCUGGCGAAGCUGGCGGAGUACAACGCCCGGACGUGCCACUACCUGCACGACGAGUGUCGCAGCACCAAGCGCUAUCGGAACGCGGGCCAGAACAUCGGGCGUAAGUCGCGGGCAGGCAACGUCACCGUCGACCUCGAGCAGGCCGUGACCGACCUGACCAACAAGUGGUGGCAGGAGUACGUCGAAACCAAUCAGACCGUCAUGGACAACUAUCGCCCGGUCGGCGAAGGGGUGGACGUCGGCCAUUUCGCCCGGAUGGCCAGCGACCGGGUGACGAAGGUCGGCUGCGGGGCCACGCGGUACUACAACGUCGCGCGGAAGCGCUCCAACGUGUACUACGUCUGCAAUUACUCGUACAGCCCCGAGCUCGGCCAGCCCGUCUACCGGAAGGGCACGCAGUGUUCGAAGUGUGGCGCCGACCCGGGCGCCAAGUGUAGCUCGACCUACGCCGGGCUGUGCGAGGGCAUCGGCGAUACGAUCGAUAAGGAACUCUAG